AUGGCUGCAUCACGCUAUCCAACAAGCCAGUAUGCAUCGGGACAACUCGUCGAAAGCUGCGGCGCAGUUCUCCUUGACCUAUCCCUGAAACCACCACGAGUCUGCUUAAUCCACUACAAGAAGCACGAUGAGUGGCUCCUCCCCAAAGGCCGGCGAAAUUGCGGCGAGUCUCGACGCGAAGCCGCGUUACGGGAAGCCCAAGAAGAAACUGGCUAUAAAUGUCACAUUCAGCCUGUUAUGAUGUCCACCAGGGCUCCGCUGCCUGAUGACCCUGAAAACGUCCCGGAUAGAGUUCGCUCGGUCCAGAACUUGGAUGAGCCUUUUAUGCUUACAAUCCAGGAGCUGGGUCCCGACUCCGGGGUUAAGGUUAUCUGGUGGUAUGUUGCUGCGGUUGAUGUCGGAUUAGAGGAUGGAGCGGGACACGGGACUGGUGAAUUCGGAGCCGACUUCUUUGAGUAUGAGGAGGCGUUGCAGAAGCUGACAUACAUGACUGACCGAGAGGUUCUGGAGAAGGCCAUUGCCCUGGUCAAGGACUCUGGGCUCGGUCUUUCCUAG